GUUCGCAAUCCGCGGAGGCAAGUGUCACCAUGAUCAGCCUUAUAUGGGUGGAUCCUAAACCUGCGUGGUGGCUUCAAUCAUAGCUACAAGAUGAAGACGUGAACACAGCGCAUUCCGCAUCAUUCAGUGCGUCGGGAUACCGUAUUGCUGUCAAAAAGCGUUUUGGAUUGCACGGCACAGCUCCUCGUAGCUAUAGAGUUCCUAUACAGCUGCAGAGGUGGUUGGUGGCGGCUUGAAGAGAAGACAAAGCUAUUUCUGCUGUUAAUGAUACCGAUUACGAUGAAGCGGAGAAAGAUCGCAGUCGCGGCCGGAUUCUGCCUCUCUUUCUUUUUGGGCACGCUGAUGAAUUUGCUUUUUAUUCCCGGGUUCGAGCACCACCAGAACCACGCAGACAGAGUGCAUCGAUUCUACCACGAACAGCAGCAGCGCGUCGUGGACGGCACGAAGCUUCAUGUCAGGGACUCGGACGCUGCAGCGGCAGUCGAUGUGAACGGCGAGCCGACAACCAGCAGUCGCCAGCGCCUCGACCUACAGCUGCAGAUCCGAGAAAGAUACGACGAGGUGCUCCGGUACCGCCAGCAGCAGUCGCCCUGGUCCGGGACUGGGAACCCAGUUCGGCCGUUGGAGAGGAGAAGGCUUAUGGACCUUGCGCAGCGCAACAACUGGGAGCUAAAUAAAGGAACGGAGAAAACCAGCAACCAGUAUACGGAUUCUCACCACCGGCUCUCGCCUGCAGCAUCCCUGUACACGAAAUCUCGGAGGGAUUUUGCCGUGAAUACAAGGAUCGUUAACGGUACACCGAUGCUGGGCUGCAGCAGCAUAGACAAUGUGACCGAUGUGCAGUAUCUCGGCUCCGGCUACACCAAGGCAGUGUACAAGGCGGCUUUGAACAACAGCUUGUCGGUGGCUCUGAAAUCCGUGGAUUUCGGGGGACACGACAUGGAAAAUUGUGUGAAGAAAUACGGCUCAACUGGAGACUGCUAUAGGCUCGCGUCUUUCAAGAUUGUCAAAGAAAUGACACUGAUGGAACGACUGCAGCACCCCAACAUUUUGAAGCUGUUCGGCUACUGCUACCAGGACAGCAACGACAUCCGGGACACGGUCACCGCCAUCACAGAGCUCGGCAGCCCGCUGGAGAUGAUUCAGCUGCUGCAGACGUCCUGGGAGGAGCGGUUCCGGAUCUGCCUGAGUCUGGUGCGGCUGCUGCACUACCUGGCCCACUCCCCGCUGGGCUCCGUCACCUUGCUGGACUUCCGGCCGCGGCAGUUUGUGCUGGUGCAAGGCGAGCUGAAAGUGACGGACCUGGACGACGCCAGCGCCGAGGAGACGCCCUGCUCCUCCUCCGCGGACUGCGUCAUGGAGUUCCCCGCGCGGAACUUCACCCUCCAAUGCAGCAGGGGGCGAUGCUCAGGCAUGAACGAGAAGAGGAACCUCUACAAUGCCUACCGGUUCUUCUUCACCUAUCUGCUGCCUCACAGUGCCCCGCCUGCCCUGAGACCGUUAUUGGACAAGAUUGUCAACUCCACAGGAGAGCUGAUCUGGGGCAUAGAUGAAACUCUUGUCCAACUGGAGAAGGUGCUGCAUCUCUACAGGAAUGGCCUCUACCUGCAGAAUAAUACGCAGCCCCACAGAGCAGAGUACAAGCGUGUGGUUGAUGCGUCCAUCACUGGUGAAAACUACCGCUGCUGGCCGUCCUAUCAGCACGAAGGCUGCAUGCUGUCCGUCUUCAACAUCCACGAGGCGAUUGGUGUGUGUGAAAGCCACGCCCAAUGCCAGGCCUUUGUGAUGACCAAUCAGACUACUUGGACAGGUCACCAGCUUGUGUUUUUCAAGACUGGGUCCGCCAGCCUGUCUCCUGCCCUCGGGAAGGUGACGUUUGUGAGGGUGAGCAGCUGAGGAGGACCCUGGGGAAUCAGGCGGCCCAAAGGCACCCCAGGAUCCGCCAGCACCCCAUCAGGACCCCAAACCUCCGAGGCCCGGAGGGGGCGAGCAGCCAGGGGACGAACCCGGUGGCGAAGAAGGACGGGGGGGGAGGAAAACGGACUGAGGAUUUCUUGCACUAGCGGUAUUCCUCUCUCUCCCCCCCCAGGCUUGAAACUGUACCAAAACGAAGCUCUUUAAUGUGCAAUAAUGCCAUUCUGAAAAUGUGACCGUUGACGUUGUCGGUGUUGUUUGUGCUGGUUUGUUGUCUGUGCUCCCCGUGUUUAGUUUAGUGACUGUCUGCAUGUGUUUGCUGAGGGGUUGUAAGUGAAGGACUGGAGCAGCGCUAGGCCUGACCUGGGGUGCAGAUAAAGGUCACGGCCAGAUUUGGGGGUGGGGGGGGGACCUCCUCUUUUUCGAUGUUUUCCUCUUCCCUGCUUGUCCCAGAGCAGGGCUGCUCGCGCUGCGGCUCGUGAGCUGGGUGGUCUCCCGGCCACACCCCCGGCGCCCCUCUCUCUCCACCCCUCUCCGGCUCGCGAUGUCAGAUCACCUGGGCGCAGGUGUUUGCUCUAGAGUUGCGGAGUCGGCUUUCCCAUCAAGUCUGUGAAGAGACUGGGGUGAAAUUCGAGCUGUUUCUUUCUUUCUCUCCCUCUCUCACUUUCUCUCUCUCUGUGCCAAAGCACUUUCUCUAAAGUCAAAUGGGGCCCAGGCUUCCUCUGCUUUACUACAAAGACGUUUAUGACCCAAGCUAAGAUUAUUUAAAUGUUAAUUUAAAGAUGCAAGCCCUUCAUUAAGGGCCAUCAAAAUACCAGGCUUAGUCUUAAACAUAUCUGUGUGUAUGGAACAGAUUGCAUCUAAACUUGAAUUACGUUAGGUAAUCACGGAUAAUGAUGGUGAAGAGUGGAGAAUUAAGUUUUAGGGAAGGUUUUAUUUUUUAUUCCGACUGUUGUGCCAUUAUGGUGUUUGGCCACUAUCAAUGUUUAGUAUCGAACUGCUCUUAGGUUACGUUUUGGAAAUGCUAACGUCAAAUGAAAGGGGGGGGGGGAUUUAAGAAAGAAGAGGAGGAAAACAGCCCCACCGAAAAGAGAGAUUGUGGUGUUGUACCAGAGUGGCCCUACUCGCCCGAUAGGGGUGUGACCCUUUGGGUGUUUGCCCGUCUUAGUCCUGUUCUCUG